AUGUCCUUUAAUAUACCUCAGACUCCACAACGGCCCCUUCCCGGUGCAUACCUUCAGACUCCUGCACGAAAUCCAUCGCAGUCGACGCAAUCACAAUCACAACAGCAACCAACGAACCAGAGCCAAGCGCUCACGCAAACCCAAGGAAAUGGUUCAGUAAUCACCAGAGGCUCGAACGAUCUCGAGCCCGUUGAGAGGGCUUCCAAAGUUGUAAAUGAUGCGCUGGUACGAGAAACACAAUAUCCUGAGCUCGAUAGCUAUGUCAGCCAGGGUAUCUCUUCCAACUACGACAUAUCGCCCCAAGCGGCCUGGGCGCCGUUCCAGAGAAUCAGGAUAUAUGACGUCCCGGAGAGAGUCUUUGAACAGUACAAUAGGGCACAGCUGUCAACUUCGAUGGGUCUGUUCGCAGACUUGAAUCAUGCGUGGAUAUCGAUCGACAACGCCUUGUAUUUAUGGGAUUACACACAGCCAGACCCUCCUCUGAUUGGCUUCGAAGAGCAACCGAAGCAAAUUACUGCCAUCAAACUAGUGUAUCCAAGAGCGGGAGUCUUCGUCGCGACGAUUUCACGACUCCUCGUCAUAGCAACAACCACGGAAAUAUAUCUGGUAGGACUGGCUUCUCAGCCCGCCGUGACCGGAGGACAAAGCGUACAGAUUUACUCUACAGGAAUGCAAAUCAAUACCAAAGGAAUUGAGGUCAGCGUCAUUGCAGGCUCUGCUGCAACAGGCAGGAUAUUUUUCGCGGGCAAGGACAGUAACGACGUUCACGAAUUGACAUAUCAACAAGAAGAACGCUGGUUUCAAGGUCGCUGUGGUAAGAUAAAUCAUACGGGCACGGGCAUAGGCGCAUUCUCUCCAGUUCAGCUGCCAGGAUUUAGCAGCAAGCAGCCUCAAGAGCAUGUUGAACAUAUGGUUAUCGACGAUAGUAGGAACUUGCUUUACACCCUUUCAUCUCGAUCAACGAUCCGUGUCUUCCACAUGACAGCGAACAAUGGGCUCUCAUUGGCUAUCACAAAAUCACUACACAACAUUCUUCAAGAUAUCUCACACAUGCAGAACGCUCUAUCGCAGCUUCUCAAAACGCAGCCGUCUAUCAUCGCCAUUGACCCGAUCUCAUCUCAAGAAGGCCGAAAUUGGUACCUCCUGGCCACAACAUCGGCCGGGUGCCGCAUUUUCCUAAGUGCAACUUCAUCUAGAAUCUAUGGGCCCGGAUCUUCAAACGCUCCAAAUAGUAUGCAAGUGCAGCAUGUCAAGUUCCCACCGUCAGACCCCUCUCAGCCUCCACAACAGCAAGAUCUGUCACAGCCAGCACCCUACAUAGCGAAUUCAACCGUGAGCACCUUAUCAUCAUCAUUGACUGCCACACGAAAGGCACGAAGGUUUGCGCCGGGCUACAACCUUUGCUUUGUGCAAAAGAAUGAUCGAUCUCCAGCGCAGACCGUGUUGCUAACAGCCCCUGACUCCGGUCAGAUCGCCCGGCCACCCGAUUCAAGUAGAGCGUCUAGGUUUCCCGAGCUUGGUAUGUGGUUCAACCUUGGCGCAGCAGCAGAGGAUGUAGGCUCAGUGACGGCACCAUUCAGCGCUGCAUCUACACCCCAAGGUUUCGCUAACGAGCUCGCCGUUCAAUACGAUCAACCAGCCGCUGUUCUUGCUAUCAUGACGAAUGGCGGUAUUCACACUUACAGAAGGCGUAGACUAGUCGAUAUUCUAGCAUCUACAAUUCGUGUUGGUGGAGGGGACGAGGCUCUGGACAUGGAAAUUAAGAAGUUCAUUCGUCGAUAUGGUCGAGGCGAAACUGCCUCAACUACGCUAGCUGUUGCCUGUGGACAGGGUCUCGAUGUAACAUCAGAUGCUCGAGUUGCCAACAUCACAGAUCCUGAAGUCUUGGAGUUUGCUCGGAAAGCCUUCAUUGAGCAUGGUGGUAAGCCGCAAUUCCUCGAGAACAAUGUUGUCGAUCAUUCGGUACCAGCGAUUGACAUGGUCCACCCCUCACCUCGUCAUGAAGGUCUGUCUCUCUACGUAGCAAGGCUGGUGAGAUCCAUAUGGAAAGUACCGAUUCUUAAAGAAGGAAUUUCGCCUACAGCGGGGUUCGUGGUAAUAUCGACUGUCGCGCUGGUAAAGCUAAGAAGUAUCUCACAAGAUUUACUCAAGCUGAAGGAAUUUCUCAACACUAACAAGUCGUUUAUUGACGGUCUCUCUGGCCCUGACGCAUUAGGAAGAGCCUCUACGAAACAAGAGGAGAUCUCACUCCAAGCCGAGCAUCGAGCCUUACAUUCGCAGGUUCUCUUAGUUAACAGCAUCAUCGAAGGUAUUGCCUUUGUGCAAGUAUUCUUUGACGAGCGCGUUGAAGACAUAAUCCUCUCACUCUCUCCCGACGUCAGGCAACAGGUCCGCACUCUGACGUUUGAAGCAUUGUUCAGCACUGGUACUGGUAGGGACUUAGCCAAGGAAUUGGUUAAAGCUAUCGUCAACCGGAACAUCGCCAGCGGAUCCAAUGUAGAAACGGUCGCUGAAGCAUUGCGGAGACGAUGUGGUAGCUUCUGCAGUGCUGACGAUGUCGUAAUAUUUAAAGCACAAGAACAGCUGAAACGCUCAUCGGAGGCUGGUGGUGACUCCGAGCUGGGGAGGAAUCUGCUGAAUGAAAGCUUACGACUCUUCACUGAAGUUGCAAGCAGUCUAUCAAUGGAGCAGCUAUUGUGGGCUGUUACUAGCUUUACCAACAUGCAAUUCUAUGCUGGUGCCAUACAACUCGCUUUGACCGUUGCCCAUGAGAAAGAUCGAGGCAACUCCGCGCUGUCCUGGAUCGAAGAUGGCCGGCCGAAUAAUGAUCCUCGGAUAGUGUCCUUCGAAGCGCGAAAAAAGUGCUACAAUCUGAUACAUGAGGUCAUAACAACUAUAGAAGACACCGCGCCUAACGUAGCCGAUGGUCCAUAUUCCCUUAAUGCCAGGAGGAGGACAGAAGCUUAUGAAGUUAUUGAUACCUCAGAGGAUGAGGCAUUCCAGACAGAUUUGUAUGAUUGGUACCUAUUGCAGCAAAAGAAAGACCGUUUACUCGACAUUCAAUCGCCAUACAUCGUAACAUACCUUGAGCGAAGGUCAAGUGACUCCGUUGAAAUAUCCGACCUACUUUGGCGGUACCACAGCAGAGUGGGACACAAUCACCAAGCAGCAAGUGUCCAGCUCGAUCUAGCAAGAAGUCCUUUCGACUUGACAUUAGACAAUCGAAUAGAAUACCUUGGAAGGGCAAAGGCAAAUGCUUCAAUGCCAUCGCCCGGUGUCCCCCGGCAGAAUAGAUAUCAGCUCUUGCGGGAGGUCUCAGACUUACUGGACAUCGCAAAUAUUCAGAGCGAUCUUCUCCAACGACUGACGAAUGAUCCGCGCGUUGGAGCAGAUCGGUUACCAUCUCUGGUGCAAGAGCUCAGCGGAUCACUGCUCCCAAUGAACACUCUCUACAACCAAUAUGCAGACCAAGCAGGCUACUUCGACCUCUGCAUCCUGAUCUACCAAGCCGCCGAUCACCGUAACCCCGCUGACAUUCGCCUAACAUGGAAUAAUCUCAUCCAGACGACUCACGAGGAUGCCGUUGACCAACAGGAGCGCAUUUCCCAAGCUCCUAAGCCAUACGAAGUGGUCAUCGAGAAAGCCCGGAGUCUAGGUACGAGACUGAACCUGAGCGAGACUAUGUUUCCAAUUCCAGACUUACUGCCAAUGCUGGAACGCUACGCCUACACGCAGCAGAGAGACCAAGGGCCAGAGACAUGGGUUGUAGACACGUUGGUGGAGAUCGGUGUCCCGCACGAAUCCUUGUUCCCAGUGCUAGAGGGAAUGUUCUACAAUGAUGAACAGCCAUUUCACGGACGAAAUCGGAGGGUCAUCGCCAAUGAUAUCGUAUAUGUCGUCAAACUUUGGUUUCAAGAAACGACAAGAGGCAAAGGCAAGGUCUUGGGUGGCGAACAGAACAUGGCAGCUGUCAGCCAAACGUUGCUGAUGCUUCAGCAAAAUGGAGGGCUAGAGGGGUCAAGAGCAGAGGAGUGCGCGGGGUUGAGAGUGAGAAUUGAGCAUCUGCUUCGGUAG